CCACGAUAGCAUCAAAGAGGGCUUUCCUUCCUCGAUCGCUCAUCAUUGGAUUAGAUCACUCGCGACGGAAAUGGCGGAGCUGAAGGAGACGUACGCGUGCGUGCCGUCGACGGAGCGCGGUCGGGGAAUAUUGAUCUCCGGGGAUCCGCGGACGGACACGAUCGCCUACUGCAAUGGGCGGGCGGUGAUCAUCCGGCGCCUCGACGCGCCUAUGGAUGUGUCGAUCUAUGGGGAACACGGGUACCCGACUACUGUGGCUCGGUUCUCGCCUAACGGCGAGUGGGUCGCCUCAGCUGACGUCUCCGGCACCAUCCGGAUCUGGGGUCGAUAUGGCGACCGCGCGCUUAAGAACGAGUUCCGCGUCUUGUCCGGGCGCAUUGACGACCUCCAGUGGUCGCCUGACGGCCUCCGCAUCGUUGCAUCCGGGGACGGCAAGGGCAAGUCGUUCGUGCGGGCUUUCAUGUGGGACUCAGGUAGCACUGUUGGCGAGUUCGAUGGCCAUUCAAGAAGGGUAUUGAGUUGUGCAUUUAAGCCAACCAGACCAUUCCGGAUUGUCACAUGCGGUGAAGAUUUCUUGGUGAAUUUUUAUGAAGGGCCCCCAUUUAAAUUCAAACUUUCCCAGAGGGAACAUUCGAACUUUGUUAAUUGUGUGCGUUUUUCUCCUGAUGGAAGUAAGUUCAUUACUGUGAGCUCUGACAAGAAAGGUAUAAUUUAUGAUGGAAAAACAGGAGAAAAGAUCGGAGAAUUGUCUGCAGAAGAUGGACACAAAGGUAGCAUAUAUACUUUAAGCUGGAGUCCCGAUGGCAAACAAAUUAUCACAGUAUCUGCGGAUAAAACUGCAAAAGUUUGGGAGAUUACGGAGGAUGGGGGUGGAAAACUGACAAGAACUUUGAUUAAUUCUGGAUCAUCGGGGGGAGUGGAUGACAUGCUUGUUGGUUGCCUGUGGCAAAAUGACCAUAUUGUCACUGUUUCUCUUGGUGGAACAUUGACUAUAUUCUCUGCAACUGAUCCAGAUAAAUUACCAGUAUCAUACUCUGGACACAUGAAGAACAUUUCUUCUUUGGCCUGUAUUCUGCAGAGUGGUCAAAAAGUUAUCUUAUCUAGCAGUUAUGAUGGUAUUAUCUCUCGAUGGAUCCAAGGCAUUGGUUAUGUUGGUAAAUUGGUCAGAAAGGGCACUACUCAAAUUAAAUGUUUUGCUGCCCUAGAUGAAGAAAUUCUGACCUCAGCAUUUGACAAUAAGGUUUGGAGAGUACCCCUAAAUGGAGAUCAGUGUGGGGAUACAGAGCCACUGGAUGUUGGGUCUCAGCCAAAGGGCUUAGCAGUUGCAGCUAAGGCUCCUGAACUAGCAUUAGUUUCAAUUGACUCAGGAGUUGCCCUGUUGCAGGGUUCAAAAGUGGUUUCACAGAUAAAACUUGGUCAUUCUGUUACAACAGCUGCAAUUUCCCCUGAUGGAACUGAGGCAAUCGUGGGUAGUGAAGAUGGAAAACUUCACAUUUAUAGUAUCAACGGGGAUACUCUAUCAGAGGAAGCAGUUCUUGAGAAACAUCGUGGAACUAUUACCGCUAUAUGUUACUCCCCUGAUGCUUCCAUGUUUUGUUCAGGAGAUUCCAAUCGAGAAGCUGUUGUUUGGGAUCGGGUGUCUCGAGAGGUGAAGCUGAACAACAUGCUGUACCAUUCUGCACGGAUAAAUUGCCUAGCCUGGUCUCCUGAUAGCCAUUUGAUUGCCACUGGCUCACUAGACACUUGUGUAAUAAUUUACGAAUUAGGCAAGCCUGCAUCAAGUCGGAUUACUAUCAAAGGAGCUCACCAAGGAGGGGUUUAUGGAGUAGCUUUCAUUGAUGAGAACAGUUUGGCUAGUGCAGGGGAAGAUGCUUGUGUCCGCGUGUGGACAUUAACGCCUCAGUGAAAACCAACGCACCAAUGGCAGAACGAUGAAGUUAAUCCACGUUAAUACUCCUCAAAUGGACAAUUUUUCGCUGUCCCGUGUUUGCUGAAGUGAAAAAGUUAUUUCCUUUAUAUUAAAUAUUUCACGGCGACUUUCAAUAUUUUUUUUUUUUUUUACAUCCUUGAGGAUUGCAGUUGUCUUUGAAGGAUGUUUUUUGUUCCUGUGAUUUGUCUCCUGGACUGUUGGUUUUUUGCUCAGCAUUUCCUUGCGAACAUAGUGUACGAUCGCGAUAAUAAUUUCAAAUCAGCAUUUGUUUUGUCAAAA